AUGGCGACAAGCACCAGAGGCCAUUCAUUCGAGCCCUCUCAAUUCUUGGCCCCAGACAAAAUCGAAACGAUCACUUUCCCUAUUCUGGAUGAUGACUAUCGCUGUCGCGAAGAGCGAACACUAAACCAAACCAAAGACCAGAAGAGCGGAGCGGAUGAGAGCGGAGAGCGAGAUAAGAGCGAUGAGCGACUAAGGCAGAUGAAUGCUGAAGCGGUGUAUUGA